GCAGCAUUAUUUGAUUGGAAAUUUGCAUUGAUGGGUUAUGGUUGUGGGCUGCUGUUGGGACUUAGUCUUGGAUACAUUGUGUUCACAACAGGAAAACCAUUCUGGCCAGUGUAGAGGGUAGAGGUAUAUCAACAGAAAUUUGUGGGAUGGUACAGCCAUAAAAAUGAAAAGAGAGAAAACCAGCAACCUGGCUGAUGCUCUUAGCAAUGCUCGAAAUAAGCUGCAGACAGCUGCACUUCUUUUCUUCCACUUAGAAGAUCUAGCCAAAAAAAUUGCAAGCAUUGAGCAAACAGAGCAUUGCUUGUUCGUGAGUUCGUUCUGCAUUGUUUCGUGAGGUUCUUUUCCUGAAAUACUAUGGUUGUUCUUUCUUUUCCUGAAAUACUAUGGUUGUUCUUUCUUUUCCCUACUUUUUCUUGUUCAAUGUUGAAAGAGCAGCAUGCUGAAUGGGGAUCAUUGUAUUAUAUUAAUAUGAAUUUAAAACUGUUGGUUUCUUUUAAAUGAAAUCUAUUUAUGCAU